CCCCCGGCCGUGUUGUCAAACGGGCCGGGGUCUCCGAUUGGUCCAGCGGCCGGGACAACACCUGCUCGACUCCUUCAUUCAAGUGACACCAGAGCUUCCAGGGAUAUUUGAGGCACCAUCCCUGCCGUCGCCGGGCACUCGCGGCGCUGCUGGCGGCCUGGUCACAUGCUCUCCGGGGAGCUCCGGGAGGGCGCCGGGUAACCUCUAUCCAGCCUCGGCCGCGAGGAGGAGGGAGAAGGCGAGCGAGCAGGGAAAGUGGGAGGAGGAGGGGAAGCGGCGAAGGAGGAGGAAGGGGGGGAGGGGAGCACAAAGAUCCCAGGUCUCCGGCCGGGAGGUUUACCCCGAGGACGAUGUGUGCCGAGCGGCUGGGCCAGUUCGUGACCCUGGCUUUGGUGCUGGCCACCUUUGACCCGGCGCGGGGCACCGACGCGACCCACCCGCCCGAGGGGCCGCAGGACAGAGGCUCCCAGCAGAAAGGCCGCCUGUCCCUGCAGAACACAGCGGAAAUCCAGCACUGCCUGGUCAGCGCUGGCGAUGUGGGCUGUGGCGUGUUUGAGUGUUUCGAGAACAACUCGUGUGAAAUCCGGGGCUUGCAUGGGAUUUGCAUGACUUUCCUGCACAACGCUGGAAAAUUUGACGCCCAGGGCAAGUCCUUCAUCAAAGACGCCCUGCGCUGUAAGGCCCACGCCCUGCGGCACAGGUUCGGCUGCAUCAGCCGGAAGUGCCCGGCCAUCAGGGAGAUGGUGCUGCAGCUGCAGCGGGAAUGCUACCUCAAGCACGACCUGUGCGCGGCCGCCCGCGACAACACCCGCGUGAUGGUGGAGAUGAUCCACUUCAAGGACCUGCUGCUGCGCGAACAGCUGGCUUCCAUUCCAAACCCACCGGCCCCUCGAGGCCAGCCCUCACCUCCAGUUCUGGGAAAGCCCAGGCCCUACGUGGACCUGGUGAACCUGCUGCUGACCUGCGGGGAGGAGGUGAAGGAGGCCGUCACGCACAGCGUGCAGGCGCAGUGCGAGCAGAACUGGGGCAGCCUGUGCUCCAUCCUCAGCUUCUGCACCUCGGCCCUGCAGAGGCCGCCCAGGGCCCAGGGAACUUCUGGGAGCAGCGAGUGGGAGGACGAGCAGGCCGAGUAUUCUGACAUCCGGAGGUGAAACCAGAGGCCUGGCCGGGAGACCGUUCCUCCACGCCGUCCAUUUUCUUCUCUGUGGACAUUCCAGAACAUUUGCCAUUGCAGAGGGGGAUGCCCCGCGCAGGAUCUGGAGGGGACUGCGGACUGGAUGCAGGUGUGUGUUGGCGGCAUGAACAGGUGCGGUGGAGACUCCCCAGGCGGCGGCGAGGUCCGGCGGGGCCCACACUUGCGCCUUGAGAAGCGAGCGCGCCGCGUGCGCUCCCCGUGGCUUUGUCUUCUCUCCAUCCGUGGAGCACUGGGCGCGACCUGCGGCUUCCUCUGCCGGGGGUGGCGGUGGGCACGCCCCCCCACACCCCGGGGCUGGACCAGGCACUUGGGAGGCAGCGGAUUCCAGUGCAGGAAUGGACCUGAAGAUCUCGCAGGGGCUGAGCAGGGUGGAGAGGAGGCAGGGGCCGUGUGGGUGCCGGGUGCCAAGUGGAAGUGGAGUUUCUUGCAUGGGACCUGGAGGUUUGGAGCUGCUUUCCAGGGGGGAAGGCGGGAGGGCGAGGGUUCUAAGUGUACCUUCUGAGCCAUUGUUCUGACUGGGGCACCCUGUCCGAGGGCGUGGCCCCUGUGUGUGUGUAUUUUAACCACUGCUUCGAGUCUCGAUGUCACUUUUUAUUUAUCUAGUUACAUCUACAUAUCUGUCAUCUAAAUAAAUGGCUUUCAAACCAAGCAACUGGGUCAUUAAAACCAGCUCAGAGGAAAAACAGACAAGAGGCGCAGCCCAUCUUUGGGGCUGAUUGGUGUGUGUUUGUUUAAGUGCUAUUUUAAAAGGAACUCCAGAGCCACGUCACUGUACAUCUUACUGCCUGGUGGGGCUCGUAACCACUCAGGGCGAACCUCACACACGGAGAAGACACCCUCAGCAUCUCGGCAUCUCCCCGGGACCCCCGCCAACCUGGAUGCCGGGAGGCCACGCUGCGAAGCUGGCCCCUCCACGCUGGAGGAUGGACGAGUCAGGAGAGAAGCGAGGCCACUCGCUAAUUCCCAUCGGGGAACGCCGGCCUUUCACACACACCGAGGGGCGGCCAAGCAUUUGGAGGGCCAGGGCUCUCCAGAUCUGGAUUGGCCGUGCUGCAGCGAGGAAAGGAGGCAGCGUGGACCGAAGACAGGCAGGGAGGAGGGACAGAACCAAACCCCCCCGGAGGAAUGGAUCAGAACCGUUUCUUGCAGUUGCUUCCCGUGUUUCAGACAGAGCCCUUAUCUUUCCUCCGCGGACGGGCGAGAGUGAAAGGUUGUCCCUUCAGCAGCCAGCCCUCCACGAGGCGCCCCGCUGGCAGGCAGGGGGCAGGGUUCUGGGCCAGUCCUUCUAGAACAGGUCGCAAGCCUUUUCUGGACAGAUCCCGAGAGGCAAUACCCUGAUCUCAGCUUGGCGGGGCUGCGGGUUUCUGUCGCCGCCUCUCAGCUCUGCCACGUGGCACCAAAGCAUACAUACCCGGGCGACACGUCGCAGGCCGGGCUCCGCGCCAACACCGUGCAACAGGCGCCCAACUGGAUCCGGCUCGUGGGCCUGGGUUGGCGGACCCCUGUUCCAGUGAACGGGCAAAAAAACAUGCAUCCCCCGUUUCUGUCAGCUCCCAGCUCGCCCUGCAAGCAGCUAAGGCCAGAGAUAAGCAAACUAAAUGGACCCACUCCAAAAUGACUGGCUGCAGGGAACGCCCUAACCCAGAGCACAGCUCACGUUUUUUACCCCGAUCAUUGCUGCCGGGACUCGGUGCCGGAGGGUCAACCCCCCCAAUCUUUUAUGACCCGUGUUGGGUGUUUGUUGGGGGGAGGGGGGCGAAUUGCUGGAGAGAAAGAGCUGGAGCUGCAGAAAGCAGAGGCGAUGGUGCACUUAAUCCGGCUCUGCCCGCAGGCGGGGGGAGGACCGGUGUGUCAGGCUCUGCCAUGGGAACCGAGCGUAAACCGUGGCCGGCUCAUGCCACGGGCCCGGCAGCACGCUGACUGUGCUCCUUACGUCACCGGGAGCUGAGGCAGCGCCUUCUCCCUCGCUGCUGGGUCAGCUGUUCAUUUGUCCGCCGGCGGCUGGGCUGGACGUGCAGAGGCAUCACUUGGCUCUUUCCCUCGGUGUCGACGUGUCACGUGCGGCUUCAAUGGCGAACAUCUGUCAUGUGUCUGUAUGGCCUCGGUGUCUUCCCCCGAAGGUGGGACAUCGCUCACUGUGUUCCUCUCGACCCCUGCGCCGAUCUCUGCUGUCUGUUCUUCCUGCCGCUGGUGUCUCCCCGCUCCACGGCCAGGUGGCCAGGCCUUCACUCUGGUUCCUCGGGCUCUGAGGCCGCUGAUAGUAUCUAUGGCGAAGGUUCCUCUGCUCAAAACCGACGGAAGUCCGAAUUCCCGUGAGCGUGGCCAGACAGGCGUGUGUAUGACCAAGACGUCAGCAAAGCCGUCAUUAAAAAUAGAGACGGCGCCGGGGCUCAGGCUCCGGACGUCAGACGAAUCUUCUCCGAGCCCCUCGGAGGAAGGAUGUGAUUUCCAAAUAAAGACGCGAGUUUAUUUUGAGCGCUGCACCCUGACGGGAUGAGCUGAACACCUCUCCUUUGUGUCGACCAAGAGCCCUGUUCUCAAAGCAGAUGGACGACUGAGUCGCCUGGAAGGCUGGCACCCGGCGCUAAAGAAACAGCACCCGGCCCGGGCCUGCAGCGACCUCGCGGCACAGAGACCUGUGAAGGCCACCACGGGAGGCUCCGCCGGCACAACCGGCAAACGGUGCUCCCGGCCCGUUUCCCGAGGAAGAGCCGCAGAACCGGCACCACGCGCCCCGCUGCGUCCCCAUGUCUGUGUCGGGUCUGGAUUCGGGCAGCAGGGCCUGGACACGGUCACACGGCAUGGUUUCCUCGGAGCAGCAAUAAAGGGUUCAGAUAAAUGGC